AUGACCACCAACCCCUGUGCAGCAUGUAGCUGGACUCCCGAGCGCCAACGGAGGAGCUUCUACGAAAGCCAAGUCAAACUGAUCUCCACGAAAGGUAACCGAGGCAUCUGGUCCAUCGGUAACGGCCUAAUCCUGAAAGAUCGAGGUCCCGGUCUUCGCAGCUUUGAGACUUUUAACGCCAACUUUGUGCGAGAGAAAACCAUCAUUCCUGUUCCCACUAUCAUCGGGUCCUGGCAAGAUGGCGACCGUGUUGUCAUCUUAAUGAAGCGCAUACCCGGCGAGCCACUCAGCAAACUGUGGCCAAAACUCAAACCCAAGGAAAGAGAGAGCAUAGCCAAGCAGACUGCGGGCUAUCUCUCCCAGCUCCGGCGCCUCACGAGUGACAAGAUACAAGGAGUGGGGAAUCGCCCCAUCUACUCCAACCUUCUUUUCCCAUACAAGAGGGGCGGUGAUUCUUUCCCUCCACACGGUCCUUUUUCCUCCGAUGACGCACUCUGGGCCGAUAUGGGGAUCGGUAUCAAGAAAACCUUCCCGGCGAGUAUGUAUGACGAUCUGAGACGAGUGAUGCCGCCUGCCAAGCCUUAUACGUUCACGCACUGUGAUCUUGCCAGUGAUAAUAUCAUGGUGCAAGACGGGAAGGUGAAGGGCAUUCUUGAUUGGGAGUAUUCGGGUUAUUUCCCUGUCUGGUGGGAGUAUGUCUGUACGUCAGCUGCUUUCAAUCAGGAGGAUCAGGAGUGGAAGACGCUGCUAAGGAAGCAUCUGCGUGAUUUUACUCGUGCGCGGGAUUGGUGGUCAACUUAUUGCGUUGUUUGUAAUGAUGUGGAAGAGGAUGAUGAGAGUGGUUCAAACACUCUUGCUGAUAGUGUGGGAGAUGGUGAGGGACAAGGCAAGAAGACCCAUUUGGAACGCGACAUUCGUUCGGACGGUGACUAUUCGGAUGACGAGCCCUAUAGGUCGGAGAGUGAGAAAUCAAUUGAGGCAAAGAGGCGUAAUAGCAUGUAG